UUCAGGAGUCCGGAUAAGCUCAUCAUCCCUCCGGCAGGCUCCAUCAGGCAGCCCGGGUCUUCCCCCGACCACCCACCAGCGUGUCCGCCGCUCGUGUGGAGGAGGAAAGCGGGGUCCGGGGCCGCUCAUGUGAAUGUACCGAGGCUGUAGGACGGGAGAACCGAGCCAUGUCCGCGCCGGGCUUCACCAACCUCAACAGCUCGUUCGGCUUCGGCCAGAACUCGACGCCGAACGGCGGAGCGGCGCCCCCGUACCACAACGGUCCAGUGCAGUCCUACCCAUCGAUGUAUCCACCACCCACAGGCUACUAUGGAGGCCCACCACAUCAACAGAGCUACCCCAGCAUCCCCGCUAACGCCGCCCCCGCUCCCAGCAAAGCCCCCCUCACGAACAGUUCCCACAGUACCAACUACUACCAGAACAGCCAGCAGCAGCAGCUCCAUCAGCACCAUGUAGCACCUCUGCCAUACAGCACUCCCCUCAGCUCUGCCGCGUCCUCUCCGCCGUACGCCACACUCCCGUCAUCGGCUCCUCCACCGUCAAACGCUCAGUACAGUCAGCAGCCAUUGCAGCAGCAGCAGCAGUGUCCGCCUUACGCCACUCCUGGAUCUUACUACGGGCAGCAGUCGUACCAUCCUCCCCCCACACAGUACGCUCAGCAGCAGCAGCAGCAGCAGCAGCAGCCCACCUUGGUGCCGGUAACAGCAGCUGGAACCGGGGCGCCCCUCUACCCGAUUGUCUCGUACCCGUCUGCGCCGGGGAGCGGCCAGUACGGAACCCUCAGUUCCUCCCAGAGCGCCUCCACGCAGAUGGGCGCGCCGCUGCAUCAGUACAACGCCGCGCCGCCGCCCUCCACCACGGCGGUGCAGCCCAGGUACGACGCGGGCCCGCCCGGUCCCGGGGCGCCGACUGUGAACGGCCAAGGCGGCACAGCCCAACAACAGUACGACCAAAGCCAAGCGGCUCCUCUGGGCUACGACUCCUACGGCGGGCUCAGUCAAGGCGGCGGUGGCGCCGAGGCAGACCGCCCGCCCUCGGGAACCCCCUCCACUUCAGUGCAUUCCUCACCGAGCCACCACCAAGGCAUGCAGUAUGGAUAUGUUGCUAAUAGUGGAGCUAGCUCUGCCGUUUCCGCCGCCUCAGGCCCCGCAGCCGCCCCCUCGUCAUCCAGCUCGGAUGAGGAUGAUGAGGAUGAUGAUGAGGAUGAGGAAGCAGGCGUGGACAGCUCCUCUUCCACAACUGGCAGUGCCUCUCCGGUGCCCAACAGCUACGAUUCCCUGGAAGGGGGCAGCUUUCCAGAUUCCAUGCCGCCCUCCACCGACACGGCCAGCCAGGCUCCGCCCUACGGUAGCUAUGGUUACCCCAGCAUGCAGCAGGGCUACCUGCAGGGGCCGGCCUCCCACCCGGACCCCUCCCCCUCCCACGACCCGUACGGCCAGCCAGACUACCAGCAGUACUCGCAGCCAUUCCCAAACCUGUCCCAGCUGUCUGCAGCCCUCGGAGGGAUCAGCGGGGUGCCGGAGCUGGAGGUGGAGGCCCUGAGGCCCGUCAACCUGCUGCAGGAGAGGAACCUGCUGCCCCCCCGGCCCCUGGAGGCCCCGGAGCCCAACCUCAGUGCAGACCUGAAGAAAGUCAACUGCAGUCCACAGACAUUCAGGUGUACUCUGACCAGCAUCCCACAGACCCAGGCUUUACUCAACAAGGCCAGACUCCCACUGGGACUCCUCCUGCACCCCUUCAGGGAUCUGCAGCAGUUACCUGUGAUCACAUCCAACACGAUUGUUCGCUGUCGCUCCUGUCGAACCUACAUCAAUCCCUUCGUGUCCUUCCUGGACCAACGCCGGUGGAAGUGCAACCUCUGCUACCGGGUCAACGAUGUGCCUGAUGAGUUCAUGUACAACCCGGUCACCAGAUCGUACGGGGAGCCACACAAGAGGCCAGAGGUCCAAAACUCCACUGUGGAGUUCAUAGCCUCCUCAGACUACAUGCUGCGACCCCCUCAGCCGGCGGCGUACCUGUUUGUGCUGGACGUGUCUCACAACGCCGUGGAGUCAGGAUACCUGAAGUACUUCUGUGAAUCUCUCCUGGAGAACCUGGACAAGUUGCCCGGGGAUACUCGCACCAGGGUGGGCUUCCUCACGUUUGACAACACCAUCCACUUUUACAACCUGCAGGAGGGUUUGUCUCAGCCUCAGAUGCUGGUGGUGUCCGACAUCGACGAUGUCUUCAUUCCUUGUCAUGACAGUCUGAUGGUGAACCUGAAGGAGAGUAAAGAGCUGGUGAAGGACCUGCUGACCUCGCUGCCGGCCAUGUUCAGCCAGAGCCGGGAGACGCACAGCGCGCUGGGCCCGGCCUUACAGGCCGCCUUCAAGCUCAUGUCGCCCACCGGCGGCCGCGUCUCCGUGUUCCAGACCCAGCUGCCGUCGCUGGGAGCCGGAGCGCUGCAGUCCAGAGAAGACCCCAACCAGCGCUCCAGCACCAAGGGAGUGCAGCACCUCGGCCCCGCCACAGACUUCUAUAAGAAACUGGCGCUGGACUGCUCAGGACAGCAGAUCGGAGUGGACCUCUUCCUGCUCAGCUCGCAGUACGCCGACCUGGCCUCUCUCGCGUGCAUCUCCAAGUAUUCAGCGGGAAGCAUCUUCUACUAUCCCUCCUUCCACCACAUCCACAACCCGGCCCAGCUGGAGAAGCUGCAGAGAGACCUGGAGCGCUACCUCACCAGGAAGAUCGGCUUCGAGGCCGUCAUGAGAAUACGAUGCACUAAAGGUUUAUCCAUCCACACCUUCCACGGUAACUUCUUCGUGCGUUCCACCGACCUGCUGUCCCUCGCCAAUGUGAACCCAGACUCUGCCUUCGCCGUCCAGAUGUCCAUCGACGACUCCCUGGCCGACUCGUCUCUGGCCUGCUUCCAGGCCGCUCUGCUGUACACGUCCAGUAAAGGAAAGAGGCGUAUCAGGGUGCACACCAUGUGUCUGCCCGUCGUCAACCAGCUGAGCGACGUGUACGCCGGAGCCGACGUUCAAGCCAUCACUUGUCUUUUGGCCAAUAUGGCCAUCGACAGAUCGAUAUCGUCCAGCCUGUCUGACGCGCGGGACGCCUUGGUGAACGCCGUGGUGGACCUGGUGAGCGCCUACAAGAGCAACGUGUCCAGCCUGCAGCAGUCUGGCCUGGUGGUCCCGGCAGCCAUGCGGCUCUUCCCGCUCUACAUCCUCGCUCUGCUCAAGCAGAAAGCCCUGCGGACGGGCACCAGCACGCGGCUGGACGAGCGGGUCUUCGCCAUGUGCGAGUUCAAGACGCAGCCGCUGCAGCAGCUGAUGCGGAUGGUCCACCCCGACCUGUACCGGCUGGACUCCAUCUCCGACCAGGGGGCGCUGCACCUGAACGACACCGUGGUCCCUCAGCCGCACCUCCUCCACCUGUCUGCCGAGCGGCUGAGCAGAGACGGAGCGUUCCUCAUGGACUGCGGCAACGUCUUCUAUCUGUGGAUCGGCAGAUGCUGCAACGAGAUGUUCAUCCGAGACGUUCUGGGCUGCCCCAACUACGCCUCCAUCCCCCCCAACAUGAGUCACAUUCCGGAGCUGGAGACUCUCCUCUCGGAGAGGGUGCGAGCCUUCCUGGACUGGCUGCAGGACAACCGCUCCUUCAGCUCCACCGUUCACGUCGUCAAAGACGACGCCUCGGCUAAAGGCACCUUGUUCCAGCACCUGGUGGAGGACCGCUCCGAGGCGGCGUCCUCCUACCACGAGUUCCUGCAGCACAUCCAGCAGCAGAUGUCCAAGUAGGCGCUGAGAGAAACGGCAUUUUUGUCCUCAUCCGGUGAGGAGCGAGCAGUGGAAGCUCCGCCCACAGAGCCGGGCGCACGAAGUCCAAUCCCGUCAGGAGAUUUGAGGAGCGGAGACAAAAAAUGAAACAAAGAUUUUAUAUGAAAAUCCAAAUGAAGGAUGAUGAGUUUCGUUGCUCCUUUUAGCGUCCCGUCAGAUCCAUCGCUGCUGAGUCAAGACGGAGAAAUGAGUCGAGCCAAGAAGAAACCAGUCCAUGUUUUAGCUCAGUUUGUUUUUGUGAGCCUGACAUGUAGCUAGUGCUGUUUUCUUUUUUUAAAAUCUUCUGUUUUGUUCCUUUUAAUCUGAUUUAAAGACUUUUUAUGAAAUGCACUGGAGAACAGAAUCAAGAACUGGGCAUGUGCUUGGAAAUCUGCAUAUCUGCUGCUAGUUUGAUGAAGAACGGACUGAACGGACCACAGCCUCCGCCGGGCCGCCGCCACCGGCUCGGCCUUCUCUGCUCCACUGUGUCGACUCCCAGUUUGUCCAAAUCAGACUCAACCAAUUUUUUUUCCCCAUCUUGUCAGCAAAUCUCCUCAUCAUGUUUCCUGUUCAGUUUUGUUUUUUUUUUUUUUUCCGUUUUGUUUUGUUUUUUUUUCCCGGGAUGCUAACUGAAGUUGCGAUCCACUUUGUAACUACUGAAGAGAAUCUUUUAUGUGCGAUAAUUUAUGAACAAGCUUACUAAAUAAAAACAAAAAUCAAAACU